UUGUCGCUUUGUUGGUCAAAUUGCACGGAGCUUGGUGUUUCUGCCCACAGAGGGAGACACAGUAGUUUUUGUUCUCGAGGGCAGACGACACUGGCCGACGUUGGUGAAGCAGCUGAUUAGAAAAAUAUUGCCACCAUGGCUGGUGCCACUGUGAAGUUAACCACCGGCCUGACGGGCAUGGGUGUUGCUCGCCACCCGGCAAGCACACUUAAGGGUCUCUAUGGUAAAAUCCUGCGCUCCUUGGCCAAGAUGCCUGACGAUGCUGCGUACAGGAAGUACACAGAAGAGGUCAUUCGGGAUAGAGCAGCAGUUGUUGAAAAGCAUGGUGCAAACUGGAAGAACAUUGAACAAGAAAUCAACUGCGGGCAGAUAGAAGAAUUAAUUAUUCAAGCUGAGAAUGAACUCAACCUAGCCCGUAAAAUGGUGCUAUGGAAGCCAUGGGAGCCUCUUGUGACCAAGCCAGAGCCAGAUCAGUGGAAGUGGCCCCCACCAAAGUAGAUGGGAUUGUUGGAAUAGUGUUAACCCUGCCUCUUUUUUUUUCUUUCUCAUUUUAAUUUUGCUUCAAAAUUAGCUUGGAAACAAUGUAAAUAAAAUGUAAAACUUUAGUCUCAAACAUGGCA